AUGGCGGGGACAACAACACCCAUCACCCAGCCGCCCGAUGGCGAGAUCAACCCCGGAGAGGAGGAGUUCUAUGCCUCGUGGGGCCUCUGUAUCCUCUGCUUCCUCCUUAUCGGCGCGCUCUGCACCUCGUAUUAUCUCCAGAUUAAGCGUAUUCGCGCAAUCCAUGAGACUGUCAUCUCAAUCUUCGCCGGCAUGGUCGUCGGCCUGGUCAUUCGCUUGUCACCUGGUCAUCUCAUUAGGCAGAUGCUGUCGUUCAAGCACACCCUGUUCUUCAACCUCCUCCUUCCGCCUAUUAUUCUCAACUCGGGCUACGAGCUCAAGCAGGUGAGGUUGACGAGGUUGGCGAGACUCCAAGCUGACAGACAGGAAAACUUCUUUCGUAACUUUGGUAUCAUUCUCACCUUUGCGUUUGUGGGCACGUUCAUCUCUGCCGUAGGCAUUGGAGUUCUUGUGUACCUCUGGUCUAUCCUCGGUCUGGAAGGUCUCAAGUUUACGCCUCUCGAGUGUCUCAUCUUUGGCUCGACACUGUCUGCCACUGACCCGGUCACUAUUCUUGCCAUCUUCAACUCGGCCAAGGUUGACCCAAAGCUCUAUUCGAUCAUCUUUGGCGAGUCGAUCCUCAACGAUGCCGUAUCGAUCGUCAUGUACGAGACUCUCUCGCGGUUCCACGGCGAGGACAUUUACCUGUCGUCACUCUUCCACGGCACUGGGAUUUUCUUGUUCUCGUUCCUCGUGUCCAUGGCCCUCGGUGUCGCUUUUGGUCUUGCCUGCUCGCUCGGUCUCAAGCACUCGCACCUGGCCACAUACCCGCAGAUCGAGAGCUGUCUCGUGGCCCUUGUCGCCUACACCAGCUACUUCUUCUCCAACGGUCUCAGCAUGAGCGGCAUUGUGUCUCUCCUGUUCUGCGGUAUCACUCUCAAACACUACGCCUACCACACCAUGUCGAAGCGAACGCAAAAGACGACAAAGUACCUGUUUGCGGUACUGGCUCAGCUGUCGGAGAACUUCAUCUUCAUCUACCUCGGCCUCAACCUCUUCACCCAGGAGAUCCAGGUCUUCAAGCCCCUCUUCAUCCUUGUCUCUGCCAUUGCGGUCAUGGCCUCGCGUUACGCCGCCGUCUUCCCACUGUCCGAGCUCAUCAACUGGAUCUUCCACCUCCGUGGCCAACGCUACGAAGAGAUUCCUCACUCAUACCAAAUGAUGCUCUUCUGGGCUGGUCUCCGUGGUGCCGUUGGCGUCGCGCUUGCUACGGGUAUCACUGGCGACAAUGCCGACGCCCUCCGCACCACUGUGCUUGUGGUCGUGGUGCUCACCGUCAUCAUCUUUGGCGGUACAACCGGCCGCAUGCUCGAGGUGCUCGGUAUCCGUGUCGGUGUCGAGGAUGACGAUGCCAGCUCGGACGAGGAGGUAGAGGGUUGGACCUCGCACCACGGAAACAUUGCCCUGCAGAUGGGACCCGGCGGCCGCCGUUACGCUGGCCAGAACGGUCAAGUCUAUGGUGGCGAAGACGAGGAAGCCGGCGGCUUCAUCUCCCCCAUCGAUUCUCCCUAUCUCCCUAGCCGUAACCUUCCUGGUGGCCAGCGCUGCACCUCGUCUCGUCUGUCGCUGCCCCGCAACUCUUCGCGUGGCGGCUUCUCGACCGAGGACGACUCUGACGAGGAGCCCCUGCCCCAGGGCUACGGUGAGCGCGGUGACACCGAGGCCGAGGCUGGCUCCUCUGCCCGUCCUGGUAUGGUGUUCCGCGACGGCCAGUGGUUCACAGCCCUGGACGAACGGUACCUGCUCCCUCUGUUCUCCAACUCGGUCACCGCUCGCCGUCAUCACGCCAAGAAGGCGCGCAGGAGGGCCGACCACGCCGGCGACGACUCGGCGAGCGGCACACCUCGUGGUGGCUCGCUUGAGAUGCAGCGCACCGACGGAGGUGACGACAACGCAGAUGCUGAGAGCGAGAAUGGCAAGCUGAAGGGGAUGCGCAACUUUAGCGGGACAGUGAGCGACUUGUUCUUUGCGCCUGCGGACCCACUGUCCGCCUCACGCUCUACUCCACCCCCAGGCAGCAGCAGGCAGCGCUCUGGCAGUAACGACCGCAGCGGUAGCAACAUGAACAGCCCCCGCUAA